UCCAUCUUUGUUCCUCGCCUGUUCGAGUCGUCGAUUUUCCUCAGUGGACCUCCCUGUUGUUGUUGCCCCUGCCCCACCUUGUGAAGUGCGGUGUCGAGUAGAAGAUUGAACAUCUGUAGGAACAGUAUUGGUAUGUACAAAAUGUCGCUCCCUUCACCUCUUCGAUUCCCGGUGUCUUCAACAUCGUAUCCCCUAAGCUUGGUCCCAUUUCCUCUUGUCUUCGAUGCCUAUGCCCAGCCAGCUCGCUGUUCUCCAUGGUGUGACUCUUACAACAUUCAAUAUAUCAUCUUCCAAAGCCCCAGUAUGCGUUUCUUGAGCCCCUCACUCAUGAGUGGAUUCGAGCCUAUUUAUUCUGCAUCAAGUGUAUCUUCCCUUAUUUCCUAUUUUCGACAUCUCCGCUGUUCGCUAUGCGACCGUCUUCACCAACCGUGGCCAACAUUCACGUUCACCAAUGUCGAGUUUUGCAGCUAUUGAAGCGCCGCGAACAAUAGCUGUGUCCCAUGUGUCCUUCUUCACAACAAGGCUAGCAGUCGUAAAACUUUUCUUUUACGCCGUAUUUGAAUCUUCCCUAUCC